GCCGGUCUCCUCAGCGUCGAGGAGGACCCGGAGGUCGUAGCCCCAAGAGCCGCGAGGUGGAGGUGCCAAUGCCAGCGUGGAGCAGUCCGGGUCGGGCUCACGGCGCUGGCACUCGCUCUGCUCGCCGUCGGCCUCCUUUGUGGGGGCAAGCUUCGCACACUUCGGGGUGACGCUCAGGAAGUCCAGGCCCUCUCUGAGGUUUUCGAGUUCUCGAUGCCCAAAGGGGCUGGCGUGAAUCUGGGCGGGUGGUUCGUGUUGGAGGAUUGGUUCUUCUCCGGCUCGCAUGGGAAGCUGGUGAGUUCAGAAACGCAGGGACAGGGCAGGUGCCUGCCUCCCCUGCUCCAUCACGUCGAGGAGGCCUGGCCCUCCGAGGGGGUGCUAGCAUCCCGACUGAACGCCAGCUUCGGAAGCAAGGAGACAGCGAGGAUUUUCAAGGCCCAUCGCGAGGAGUUCUUUACGAAGGAUGAGCUUCAGGAGAUCAUCCGAAGUGGGAUCGACACCAUUCGCUUACCAAUAACCUGGGCGGCCUUUGCCGAUGCUCUGGCGCCGCUCAGCCAGAGCGUAUAUGCGGCACACAACCCAGACACGGAGACGGCCUUGGUGCCGGACCCCUUCUACCCGGACUCUGCGGCCUUUGCCACGAUUCCCCGCGCCGACCUAGCUGCCUUUUUGAGGCAUGCGGCCCAAAACGGCGUGUCCGUGAUUUUGGACAUCCACUCCUUCCCGGGAGGCUCCCAGCAAGGCACCUACAACGGGAUCUGGCCGAACCGACCAGUCUUCUGGACGGAACGCUCGAAGAUCGGCCCUUCCAUCGAGCUCACAGAGGUGGGGCGCUGGAUUGUGAAGGCCCUGCUUCAGUGGUCUGAAAGCUUGGAUCCUGAAGCCAAGAUGGGAAUCAAAGGCCUGACGCUGAUGAAUGAGCCGGCCCAUAGCAACGCAUGGACCCACUUUGCCAAGGAGGAGGACGUUCUGAGAUGGCUGUCUGAGGUCGCAGAUGACUUCCGCAAGUCGCUGCUUCCCACCCAGGGGAUGAAGCUGUACGUGAACCUGAUUGAGACAGCUUUCUCGCAGUUCGAGCACUCAGCAGUUCCAUGGUUCCUGAAGACGUUCUCACAAGAAGAGCGAGAGACGUGGGCGAUUGCAGACGUCCAUUGGUACGUGGCGUGGAGUAAUGGCGUCUGUGAUGGUCGCACGGUGGAAGGCGGCGCCUACAGCUGCUCUUCGCCGCUCUCAGAGGUGCGAGGGAAGCUCAGCAGCUGUGCUCACGGCGCCUCGGCGAGGCUCCGGAGCCUCUUUGGCAAAGGAUUGGUGGCAGUCACCGAGUUUUCGGCAGGAACGUUUCAUCAGGCCAGGUAUGCCUGCAGCGACUCCCAGAUCUUGCGGGCCUUCCUCGAGGAGCAGAUCACCGCGUUCCGGUCAGACGACAUCGAGCCGUUCUUCUGGACCUGGAAGAUGCCAUUUGGCCCCAACUUCGAGGCCGGCUGGAGCUUGAAGUACCUUCUGGGUCUCGAGAAGGAUCCCGAUCGUGCCCUGGGAUGUUCCGAUCUGGGAACAGUCCCUGUGAACGAGUCCCUCGUACAUUUUUGA